AGAACCUUCUCUACCAAUCAUAUGGAUUCGUCUUCUUCUUCCUCUUCUUCUUCUUCUUCUUCUCUUUCUUCUUCUCAUCAUCAUUACCCAUUUUUCUCUUCUGAUCCAUAUUCUUCACCAUCAACUUACCUUCUUCCAUUUCCAAACAGUAACUUCAACAGCCAAACUCUACCCUUCGACGAGAACGACUCCCAAGAAAUGCUACUCCUGGGACUUCUCAACCAAGAACCCAAACCUCCUCACGCAAACUCCUCCUCCAACAACAUCAACGAAAUGAACUCCAUUAAACAGGAGGAAGAAGAAGAAGGAGUAGAAGAGGAGGGGACGAGGGAAGUGUCGUACAGAGGAGUAAGGCGGCGACCGUGGGGAAAAUACGCGGCGGAGAUAAGAGAUUCAACGAGGAAUGGCGUGAGAGUUUGGUUGGGAACAUUUGACACGGCGGAGGCUGCGGCAUUGGCUUAUGACCAAGCUGCAUUUGCGUUGAAAGGAUCAAUGGCCACCUUGAAUUUUCCGAUGGAGAAAGUCUACGAAUCGCUUCGAGAAAUGAAGUAUGGGUUUGAAGAAGGGUGCUCGCCGGUGUUGGAGUUGAAAAAGAUUCAUUCUUUGAGGAGUAGAAGAGGAGGAGGAGGAGGAAGAAGCAAGAAGAAGAAAAUUGCAGAGACGUACGAAAAGGAGAUGGAAAAUCAUUUGGUGGUACUUGAGGAUUUAGGAGUUGAUUAUUUGGAGGAGCUCCUGAGAUUAUCUGAGAUUACUACUUCCGGCUAGCCACCUCUUAUUUCGACGGAAGAAGGUCUCGGGAUUGACUUACCCAACUCUUCUACAAAAAUAUUAUGU